GCACGUCUGCACAAACACGUCCAGAUUCAGGCGUUGAGGUAGCUCAACGCUGCUAGUGGGACUUGGGGACCCGAUUCGGGAGAGAAUUAUGGCACAUCAAGGAGGAGGUAGUCCUGCUAAGAAGAGAAGGAAGAGUGACAACGAGGGGGGCAGUGCAGAGAAUGUGCUCGAGAUGGAGGAUAAUGCAGAGCAUGAGCAAGAGGUUUUGUCAGCGAUGCGUACGAUCCUUGGUCGUCCGGAAUUGCUCGAUGUGGCCUUUGUGUGCGAGGAUGGGCGAGAGGUGCGUGCAAAUCGAGCGAUAUUGGCGAGCGGAAGCGAGUACUUUUCGAAGUUGCUUUAUGGGGAUAUGAAGGAUCGGUCGAUGGACAGGAUUCCUCUUCCUAGUGCAAAGGCAGACAGUCUGCAGAUUGUGGUCAGGUACCUGCACGGUCACCCGUUCCAAUGGGACACCAAUGGUCGCUGGGGUGAUCUGGUCGAAGCGUACUGUUUGGCAUCUCAGUAUCAGGUCGAUAGCCUGCUUCCGAAGAUCUUAUGCAUGAUGCGCCGGGCCGGGAAUGCACACGAACUCAGCGAUCUGCUAAACACGGCAAUCCCGAGGCACCCAAUCCGGGUGCAGAACGUUGCUUUGACAGAAAUGAACAAGCUGUUCGCCUUUGACUCGACGUCGUUCAAGGGGUGGAGUAAGGAGAGCAUCAUCUUCUGCCUCGAGAAGGUGAGAUUCCAUCCACAGGUUACCGAGACGAUGGUCGCCGAGGCCGUUCUCUCUGCUGCUUUCGACAACCGCAGUACCGAAGCUCAGGAAGGGUCCCGGAGUGCUGACGUCGCAUCCGAUGUGAACGAUCCCCUCACUGCAAAGGAGUCCGCGGACACCGUUGCACAGGAAGGGUCCCAGAGUGCUCACGUCGCAUCCGAUGUGAACGAUUCCCUCGCUGCAAAGGUUCUCUCUGCUGCGUUCGACAACCGCAGUACCGAAGCGCAGGAAGGGUCCCGGAGUGCUGACGUCACAUCCGAUGUGAACGAUUCCCGCGCUGCAAAGGAGUCCGCGGACACCGUUGCAUCCGACGCACAAAAUGUAGUUUGUUGUUCGGACGGCGAGAGAACACUGAAAAACUGUGAUUCAGGGGUACGAAGCUCGUCGUUGUCGAGAAAGGACUUGCGGGAAGUACUGGAAUGUCACGUCAACCUCGCAUUCGUCGAUCCGGCAUUUUUGAAGGAAAGGAUCGAACCUUUGGGAAUCUUGCGGCCGGAGGUUCUUGCCGCCGUCUACGGUGUGCAUGCCAUCUGCUUCUCAAGAGGAAUGUCCACCCACUCUACUCUCUCAAUACCCUGGCGGUCUCUGCAUCACAGGGUGUCAUUUGCGCCCGUAAAACCCGGCCAAGAUGGAAUCCAGAAGAUUUACUCGCAGGUCUCGAUUCCGGCUUUCUGGGUGUAUUAUCCACCAGAUUUCAUCGUUUCCAAGGAGCUACCGCAGCAAGUGCGAUGCACAUGUCGAGGAGUUUCGAAAACUAUCCAGAUGAAUCUGCCUCUUCGAAGUGGGAAGCACAUCUGGAUGGUCAGAUCACUGGCGUACUGCAAGGAUUUUGGUGUCGGUGUUGCCUGUGCUGGACCAUCAAUCCGUGGCCGUAAGAAGAGCUUUUUCUUGUGCCCGAUGGAAAAAGAAUACUUUUUUGAAACGGUACCAUCAGGUUACCUCAGGAGCACAUUGUCGCCGUCAUUUCUGUCUUCAUCCGGGAUUCGCACAUUUGCUAGUACCCCUUGUGAUACAAAAGUAACCGUGUUCGUAAUACUGGACGUCACGAAGAGAACGCUAACGUUUGCUGACAAGCUAGAGCGAUACCUCGGCUAUCGAGGAGAGUAUCCUGUAGUCUUUGAAGGCGUCCCAUGCGGCGGUUUUUUUUUUCCAGUGUACCCGGCAGUGUGGAUGACCCACCCAGGUUGUGCAGAGAUUGGCUGGAUUCAAAGUACCCAAAGUCUGCCAUUUACCUGCGACCAGAGCUGAGGUGAGGCUUUGUAAUCACCCCCAGUCAGUCCUGCAUGAGCAUGAUUAUC